GCUAGAAAAAUAAUUCCACCGCUCUUGGGUUUUUUCUCAUCUUACAUGUUAAGGAAAACAAUUGUACCGAUUAAUAUCAACAUUCUCUGCAGAAUUUCUUUGGUAUUUCUUCAUUUGUUUACUUGAAAGAUGUAUAUGGUGGAGAGUAAAGCAGGUGCAAUAGCAUGUAUGAUGUUUUCGCUCUUUUUUCUUGGAACCUUCCCUGCUCUAUUGACACUUCUCGAACGGCGGGGGCGUCUUCCUCAGCAUACUUACCUUGAUUACUCUAUAACAAGUUUUUUAGCUGCGGUUGUUUUUGCUCUAACACUUGGUGAGAUGGGAAAUAGCUCGCAAGACAGUCCAAAUUUUAUCCAACAGCUUUUUCAGGAUAACUUACCUUCUGUUAUGUUUGCAAUGGCUGGUGGCGUGACACUGAGUAUCGGAAAUCUGUUGGCACAAUAUGCUUGGGCAUUUGUUGGUUUAUCUGUGACAAAAGUGAUUUCUUGUAGUAUAGUGGUAGUUAUAGGCACGACUGUGAACUACUUUCUUGAUGACAAGAUUAAUAAAGCCGAGAUUCUUUUCCCUGGGGUUGCUUGCUUCUUGAUUGCUGCAUUUCUUGGCUCUAUUGUUCACUCAUCCAACAUGGCCGAUAACGAUCUAAAGUUGAAAAGUUCACCCGCUAAUUUUGAAGAGCCAAAUGAAACCAAAAUCUCUCUAAUUUCAAACAUGGUCGAAUCAACGAACCUGGAAAGUGCUGCUUACUCUUCGCGGAAGGCAAAGGCUGGAACUGCUGACUUUCUUGUUCAGCUUGAAAAUAGAAGAUCCAUCAAGGUGUUUGGUAAGAGCACACUAAUUGGAUUGUGCUUAACUUUCUUUUCUGCUGUUUCCAUUUCUCUCUUCUCACCAGCAUUCAAUUUGGCCACAAACGAUCAAUGGCACACUCUAGAUGAUGAUGUCCCACAUUUGACCGUCUAUACCGCAUUUUUCUACCUUUCGGUCUCUUGUUUUUUCAUAGCUGUCAUUCUCAAUGUUGUCUUCCUUUACCACCCUAUGCUUAAUUUGCCCAAGUCAACAAUAAAGGCAUAUCUGAAGGACUGGAAUGGUAGAGGAUGGGCCUUGUUGGCUGGAUUCUUGUGUGGGUUUGGCAAUGGUUUGGAGUUUAUGGGCGGUCAAGCAGCUGGAUAUGCAGCGUCAGCUUCUGUUCAGGGACUUCCACUCGUGAGCACGUUUUGGGGGAUUGUUCUGUUUGGAGAGUACCAUAAAUCAUCAAGGAAAACGUACACUCUACUUGUCAUCACCUUGUUCAUGUUUACAGUGGCAGUUUGUGUCCUAAUGGCUUCAUCCGGAGGUCGUCGGCAUCAGACUAGGAUUGCAACAUUUUGAGCCAGUUGGAAGGAAAUCAUAUUGAUAGCUUCUAGCGGCUGCUCUGCGUAGUUAUUGUUCCUUGUACUUUCAUUGUAUUACGUUCUUCCAAAAUGUAUUUAGAGUAUAACGUUCAAAGAUUUUGUUCAAAAGUAAACCUCAUAAAUACUCUUAUGUUUAAAUUACAACUUUAGUCCCUAGACUAAGUUUAUUUGGUUUCUGAAUUUUAGAAUACAUCCAAUAAAGUCAAUAAAUGCAAAAUUGAAAUUCA